GUCGGAGUGCACUAAUGGUAAAACUCGGGCGCCGUCCGGCAUGGAAAUGUCACACCAACAGCGAAUUACGGGUUUUUAGAAACAACGCCUGAAAGAGACGUUUUACAGCUACUUAAAAACGUUUUUUUAGAUGCAAUGUUUUUGGAAAGUAGAUGGCCAUCACAGGACCAGAAAAGAGAAUCAGAAGGUGAACAGGCUCAACGAUGAGACCCAGUCACCACAAUCUCAACACUUAAGAUCAUCCCAAUAAAAAAAGAGAGGAAAACGGCAUGACAAGUUUUGGAGUUGAAGCUGUGAUGGAGGAACAAUAUUCAGAAGGCAGCAAAAUGGUAUCUUCCUGUGCAACCCUACAACUGGGAGAUGGCAGCCCCUCAAAUGAGCUUAACAAUGACCAGAAACCAAUGGAGCAGGGAUCCCUAGAGAGCCCUUCAACAAUUAAAAGAUGGGAGAUAGGUCCACUUCUGCAGUCAUUUAAAUCUAAGAUGGCUAGCUUUACUGAGAUUGUCAUGAGCCCUGUUCGCCUUUUUAAGCCCAGUGACUCGCUGUCCUCAACCAGAUUUUCUGAUCAACAGGAACAUUCAACAACAGAGUCAAAUGAAGAAAGUUCAUCCAGGACUGAGGAGAGUGAGACUACUGGUGAUAAAUGUAAAAAUAGGUUGUUUUCAAAAAGGCCUUCAUCAGAGAGAGUACAGUGUAACGUUGCUCCAAAACGCCAUAGAGUUGCACAGAGACUGAAUUUUGGUACAUUUUCAGGUAGCAACAAUAAACCAGAUCUGUAUCAUAUUAAAUUGCACAACGAUAUAAAGGUUGCAUCAAAUGAAGAAAAUCAGAUACACCGUCCCUCAAUCCAUUCACAAGCUGUCCAUCAGGAUGGAAUAAAUGAUUCCAGUCCUUGUAAAGCACAAAGUCCAUUUCUCAGGACAAGACCUAUUCCGUCCUCUGACCAACCUUUGAAUGAAGCAAGUGCCAAAUGUAUGUCUUGUCAAGCCAAUGUACAAACUGAUGAAACUGUUGCUCAGCAGCGACUAACAGGUGAGAGACAGACCCAAAGCAGUGAAGUUGAUGAUAGUAUCACAGCCUGUGGACAUAGUAGUGAUUCCUACUAUUCACAGGAGGUAUCAAAUAAUUUGAAACCAGAAACAAACUCUGUAUUUGCAAACAGCACAAAAACAACUUCUUUAAACAAUGGUUCUGAAGCCUCUUCUAGUAUUUAUUCUGUUUUUCACUUGAUUGGUGAAGACACAAGGAAACAUAGUGUGUUUUACAGUGAGCAAUCCAAUUCACAGAUGGCCAUUAGGAGAAGCCCUAGAAAGUCGGUGAAACGUCUGUCAAAGAUUGCUGAGCCCACCUACACUGAAUUGGCCACUUUUUUGACAGGACCAAAGACUCUGGACAAUGAUAUGAAGGAAUUACAGUCUGAAAAUGUUAUUGAAUGGACACGCCACUCAGUUAAAAUAUCAGACCAGUGCCGUUUAAAGAGCACUUCUGUUGUGGAAGUGAGGGCAAAGAGAUGCCGAGAAGUACCUAGAAGAGAGGCAAAGAAAGUCUUGCUGGCAAGGGGGAAAUGUAAUUUGCAAAACACUGAAGAGGAAGACCUAAGGCCUGCAAAGAAUAAAAAGGGCAAAGACAACAUCACUUUGAAAAAGCAUCAGGAGGAUGCAAUAAUUGUUCAGAUCAGAAAAAAGAGGGAAGGGAUUUCCACAGUGCAACAGCUCAGUAAUACUGUAGAUGUUCAUAUGAUAAAUUCUGUAGUCUCUGAGACCUCAGAGUCUUGUGACUCCACGGAGAUGAAACAAAUAAGACCAGAAAAGACAGUACUGAGGAAAAGAAAAAAUGUCAAAUGUGGGUUGUUACUGACCUCUGGCAAUGAAGCUGAUACCACUGAUACUACAUCCUUCCAAAAUCCUACAACAAAUGUCUCAAUUGACAAGAGCUUAUGCUGCAACAAUUUGAAUACCAUGUAUGAUUGCAAUUAUGGAGAUUCCAGAUCAUCAGUGCCUUCAGUAUUGCAGCACCCCAUGCAGGCACAAGAGACUUUUGAGAAGAGUGUCGAAUCUCGAAAGACAAGACAACAUUUUCUUAAAAGUGCAAGAGGUUCAACUUUCCAAAAAAGGAAUCUUCGUCCACCCAAGCAGAAAUUUGAGGACUACAGUACGACUUCAGUAGUUGAUCCAGCAGGACCCAGUAAACCUGCAAAAAGAACACUAAUUCAGAACAACCUGUUUUUCGAUGAAACUCAAAGGACUAUUUCAACUGAAGAGCAGAAGUCAUUUCUGUCUCCAGGGGUACUUAUGUCACCGCCAGUGCAGCCUGAUUCAACAGCUCUAUUGCUGCCAGAAAGAAGGCUAAGAAGACCUACAAAGAUUCUGAACAGACAAAGUAAAAAACAUGUUUUUGCUGGAAAAAGGAAAGGUUUUAUUGCAAGUGAAGAUCAGGCAGAGACCCAAGAAAAGACUGUGGAAGCUAUUCCGGUAGUAUCGUCAUCAGGUAGCGGCUCCAACCGUCUACUGCGCAGUUACUCCUGCCCUGAAAUCCCUUCCUUAUUAUUCAGAGACUCUUGUUUAACCCUGUCCCACACGCAUGACAACAGUACUACCUCACCCAAGAGCUCACCCAUUCCACUUUCCACCCAUUUUCACUCUCCGUCCAAGCGUACUCGCCGACACACUGUCUGUAGUGUGGAGAUAGAGCGAGAAAUUGCCCCUCUUUGUCUCCGUAAAGAGGUGUACCCAGCUACAAGGGGUGGCCACCACAGUGGUCCCUUUUCCCCUUACUCUCCCUCAAUCUCUCUCACAACCCUUGCCUCUUGUUUUUUGUCAAGUCCUCUAGCCUUCUUGUCUAAAAGCUCAAGCCAAUGGCGUAGUCAUGCUAGCGACACCAGCACUGGCAGCGCUCAUGCCGUUGCCUCCCCUUUUACAUCCAAUUUUGUCAAGUCCUCAUCGCCAUCCUCCUCCAGCUCCCCCUGUACAUCCACUCUCACAGCCUGUCAUGCUUUAACCGGCCCCUCCACUGUUGUCACUCCCAGACCUGAGACUCCUUCUGCUUCUGUGUCAUCACUCUGCAGUGCAUUUACACAAAGUUCUUUGGAUGGAGACAAUGGGAUGCUUCAGAUGGAGUGUGAGGAAGCAAUGGAUGAACAAGAGAGAUCAAACUUUGGCCUUCAACUCUCAUCUACAGCCAUCUCAGAGGAAAAAGCAUUAUCAGACUCCGAAAUCAAGACAGAAAUCAAGGAAGGUCAUCUGGGAAAAGUGUCCUCUAUUCGUAUCCGUAAAAAAAUUCCAAAGCCUCAAAAUAAUCUCACCCCUAUGGGCCUUCCUAAAGUCAUCAGAAUAAAGAAGAAGGAUUUUAGCUUGGAGGAAAUCUACACAAACAAAAACUUCAGUAAACCUCCUGAUGGACGUUUGGAAACAAUUUUUGAGGAGCCUCUUAACCGGCGAGAUGGCUCUCAGGCUAUUGUAGGCCAAAGAAAGGUAAAGCGCUUUGUUGAAUUCCCUGAACUCGGUGUUGCCAGGAAGCCCAAGAAGCCUCUGGUUGGUGGAACAGCAGGGGGUGGAGCCCAGAGGAAAGCAGGAGGGAACCAUGGGUUCUGUAGAACCAGGCGAGGUGUCGGGGCCUCUUCUAAAGUGGAGGAUGGGCUUACCUUGCAGGAGUUGGAUUCACUCCUUUGCUCCAAGCUUGAGGAACUAGACACCUGGACAGCACUUCAGCAAGUUGCAUGCUGAGG